AAAAGAAGGGACAUAAUGUAGGGGAGGAAGCGCAGGGGAAGGCGUUGAAGGAGAGGCGCAAAGCGAAAUUGUUACGAGUCGUUUGGUUAUUAACCCACAUCAACGUACGCUCACUGCGCAGUGCGUGCACAGUCUCGUUCAAUAAUAAAACUAAUGAAAUUUUAAUAUUAAAAAGUACAUUAAUACAAGAUAUAAUAUUUAUAUUUGUGCACCUAACAGCUAUGAAAAUGCAAAUAAAUUCUCAGUUGACACUAAUAACAGAUGUAAUCAACAUAUGGACUUUUUUUUCCGAAAACAAUUAGUAACUAGUGUUUUCAUACAUUAAAAGAUUACGAUUUUAUCAAAAAUUAAAAAUAAAAAAAAACAUACGUACAUUAGUGAGCAUACUAUAUCAAUGUUUACGUUUCAAAUGUUUCUUUAGAUUAGUCGAUGAUGAUUUAUAACUCAGUUUUUGUUUACACAAAUUACAAUUAGCAAACUCAUUAUUUUCCGUUAAAAAAUUCCACACAAAUGAAGUCUUUUUCCUGCAUUUAUCCAUUCCUUAUUUCACUAUAAAGAUACUAAGGUAAGUUGGUGUAACUGGGCCCAUGGGGUAACUGGGCCAUCCCCUCCCAGAUUUUCCCUGAACAUAUAAGAGGGAAAUUGAACUCUGUUGUGGCAACACUGGUAAGCAGAAGUAUACAAAACAACAGCCAUUUGGUCUCCAGCUUGAUUGAAGAAUGUUUUAUGGCUGCUAAUGUUUUUUGUAUUUGUGAGCGCAAAACAUGUCUCUACAAAGGUGAAUUCAAAAAUUUUUGACCAUGGUAAGGAAGUACUACCGGAGAACAACCAAGGGUGCAGACCAAGAAAAUUCAUACUCCCGAGAGGUUUUAGAGUUGGCGCUUGCAGAUGUGAGGAAUGGAAACCGCACACAAAGAGAAGCAGCGACAUUUCAUGGCAUUCCAAGAAGUACACUGCGUCACUACAUCCAUGGUUCGAGAGGUUCAGGGUCUAUUUCGAGAGAUGGGUUUGGGGGUGGUGGAAAACUUUCAAUUCCACAUGUGUAUGAGGUUCAACUUGCAGAUUGCCUAAGAGUGUUAGAAAAAUGGGGAUUUGGACUGUCAAGAGAUGAAGUCAUGGACAUGGUGCAAUCAUUUGUUCAACAAAACAACAUAAAAACCAGAUUUAAAGAGGGUAGGCCAGGUCCGGAUUGGUUCAUUGCUUAUAAGAAAAGGCAUAACCUAUCAAUAAAAAAACCACAAGGAGUAGAAUAUGUCCGCAUGUCUCAAGAAAACCCAUUUGUAAUCAAUGAAUUGUUUGAUUUGCUUCAGAAAACAAUUGAAGAGAAUGUUUUGAUCAACAAACCACACUUGAUAUUUAACUGCGAUGAAACAGGGUUUGGACACGAUCCAAGCAAAACCAAAGUUGUAGGUGGCAAAGGUGUAAAGUGCACUAGAACAAUAAGCUCUGCUGGGCGUGAAAAUACCACUGUUUUUGCAUGUUGUUCUGCUGCAGGAGACAAGCUUCCUCUCCUUUGUGUCUUAAAAGGGAAGAAUGUAAUGGAAAGCUGGAUUGACACAAACUCUGAUGCCCGUACUGGUUAUGCAGCUUCAAAAAGUGGGUGGAUGGAUGGAGAGAUUUUUUUAAACUGGUUUAAAAAAGUGUUUCUGCCCAACAUACCAGAAGAACGGCCCGUACUUCUUAUCCUUGAUGGGCACAAGAGUCAUGUAAGUCUCCCUAUGAUUUUAAAGGCAGUGGAACAUCAGGUAGUGCUCGUAAAAUUGCCACCUCACACGACACACGUCACUCAGCCCAUGGAUGUUGGAGUAUUCAAAGGUUUGAAAUCAAAUUGGGAUAAGAAGCUGACCAAGUGGCAGAGACAAAAUCCUAGGAAAAAAAUUCCUAAACAGGAAUUUGUAAAUAUUUUGAUAUCUACAUUUUAUGAUGUUAACAAACAGAAUAUCACAAAUGCCUUUAAAGCAUCUGGAAUUUAUGAUGAAGAGACAGGGGGCCCAAACAGGCAAGAAGCAAUAAAAAAGUGCAAAUUCAAACCUUGUGAAGUACAGGCUUACAACAAAGCACAGCUCAAAAAGGUUGCAGAUGCCAACGAAAUUCAUGAUGACCAGACAGAUGCCGACAAGAUCCCUGAUGCCCACACAGAUACGGAACACACUCCUUAUGACUCUGCUGAUGUUGGAAAGACUCCUGAUGCCCAGGCAGAUGCCGACAAGAUUACUGAUACAGACAACAGUACUCAUGACCAUCCUGAUGCAGAAAAGACUCCUGAUGGCCAGGCAGGUGCCAACAAUACGCCUAAUGCUCAUAGAGUAUCUGACAGGAGCUCUGAUGUUGAGAUGCCCAACAAUGUAAAUGUAAAACGAAGUUUUGAAGACAUCAUUGUCGAAAUUUUCCACAAAAACAAAACUCGAGAAGAGUCUGGCAAGGAAUCUGUCAAGCCAAAAAGGAAAAAAGUAAGCUCGGGAGCUGAAAUUAUGACUGCAUCUGAGUACAUAGAAAAAAGACAGGAAGAAAAGAGAUUGGAAGAUUUGUCUUUACAGCAAAAAAAUACAAAAAUAGAAGAAAAGCUCCUUAAACAAAAGAAUAGCAUUGUGAAGAAAAAACUCAAAGACAAACUGGAAAGUAAAAACAAAAAGGGAAGCAGCAAAUUGAAGAUGCAAUGCGAGGAAAAAAAUCAGAAAAAGAAAAGAAAGAUUGUAUCUAAGCCACUGACUUCAGUAGAUUUAGAAAACCCAUUACCUUCAACUUCUGGCCUCUGUAAGUUUAAAAAGGCGAGACCUUCAAGUGUGAAUUCAGACUCUGAUGAUGAUGGCUCAUCAGGUAUGAGCAUUGCGGACUGUGAAUCAGACAAAGUUGUGCCCGGUAUCUCUGUUAUCAAAGAUGACUAUGUUAUUGUAUUGUAUAAUGGUAUAAAAUAUCCUGGACAAGUUGUAGAUUUAGAUAGAGACCAAGUGCAAAUAAAACACAUGAAGAGUGCUGGUUUAACUUACUGGCUAUGGCCAGAAGAGGAGGACAUUUUGUGGUAUGAAGAAGAAGAUAUUUUAAGAUUGAUUAGACCCCCAAUCCCUAUGAACAAACGUGGAAUUUUUAGUGUUCCUGAGUUAAAAGGUUGUUUAUUUGAGUAUGAGUAAGUUUACUUAUUUUACAUUAUAUUUUUUAACUGUUUUUGUAUUAAUUUAUAGCUGAUGUUCACAAAAAUCAGUCUUGCAACAUUGGUAAUUGCUUUGAAAAAUUAUUUCUAAAUGGGGGUAAAUUUUUAUUUUUAUUUGUACAUUUGCAAGCAUUGGACCCAGUUACCCAGUCACAGAUUCUGUAGUUUCUUAUAAGAAAUAGACUUGGGUGGUCCACUUACCCCCAUUAUCAGGGUAACUGGGCCCACCUGUAUUUAAAAAUUAUAUAAAAUAUUUAUACAUAUAAUAAAUAUAGUAAAAAUAAAUAUCACAGCUUAAUCAGACUUCCUAAGAAUUACUAACAUAUGUGUCAUACAUGGAUUUUUGAAAACUAUACAUUUUAGUAAAAUUAUAAUGUGUUAAAAGUAUAGUAUAUGAAAAAAGUUGAAAAUCUAUGGCCCAGUUACCCCAACUUACCUUAACUACAAAGCAUGACAGCCCGCAACAAUGUACAUGGUGGUAAUUAAUACACGGCCAGGACGAACUGCAGUGAAUGUUGAACUGAUUGAUACUGGCUGUAUUAGGCGGGCAUGAGAGUAACAGAGGUAGAGAAUUACCGGGCGUGAUAAAUAAUGUAUCAGAGACACCGAUACCUUUUUACGCUGGUGAUGACUGCACGGAGGAUGUGUACCCUGUAACGAGAAUGCUGAUACCUUGUCGCUUCCUGGGACCGCUAAUGCUCUGAUACAAAAGUAUCAGAUACUUGUAACUAGGUACAUACCUACCUGUAUCAGUAAUAGUUUGGAACAGAUACCGAAAAUUGCUGUAACAACCCACCUCUACUGUGACCUGUCUUCUUUGAAUUCGAGAUGGGAGCGGACGAACUAAGAGCGACCUAGUUCGCCAAGGAGCUGCGAACUAAAAGGAGCACUCCCGGUCGUGAACUAUUAUGCGCAAGUCUAGUAGCUAGAGCUUUGAAUUUGUUUGUAGGUACUGUAGACGUUGAUUGCAAUAAUAUUUGAUGAGCAGGUUUUGUUCAUGGUGCUCUUAAUUUAGAUUAGUUUGAUAUUAUUUUGUUAGGUAAAACUUUGAAAAAUAGUAUCUUGGUUGUCUGGGUAAUUCUUACAGGAGUUGCGACUUGAAUUCUAUGGUAGUAUGAUAGUACUCUUUCUGAUCAUAUAUGCUCUAAGGUAGUACUGAAUUCUGUGUGCCUCUCUCUGAUAAACUGCGAAACAGUAUUUAUUGUUUAUGUUCUGUUGGCACUGGACUGGCACAAAGCAAAGAAGGUCACUAAAUAAAUUGAAUUUUAUGUAGUCAUCUCCCUAGUUACUUAAGAACUUUUUUUUUUUAAUUAUCCAGAUGCCACAUGCAGAAGAGUACACAAUUUCGAAAAUAAUACCUCUCUGUAUUCUUGUCUCAUCUUGACGAUCCAUGAGUGGUAUGCAAGUGGGGCACGGUAUGAUACUUAUGUGUAAAUUGUUCCCCACUCCACUUAUUGUUCGCUUUACAUCAUAACUUGAAUCCUGGUGCUGUUGGACACGAACCAGAUUGCAAAAUUUUGCAGUUUCCUUGUCUUUACCUUGUGAUCCAACUUUCUUCACCCAUUAUUUCCUUUUGCAUCAUAACUAACCUCUCUCUCUGUCUGCUGUCUUUAAGAUUCUCCCAUCCUAAUUGCUUCAUUAGCUGUGAUGGAUUUGUAACCUACUUUUCCUUUCUAUUCUUCCCCACUUUCCUUUCACCCAUCUAGAUGCUCACUUUGCACUUCCUCCAGUUCUCUCUUAACACAUUGUUGUGUACUACGAUUUUUUAAACCAUGUAUGAUGUUUCUUCCCCUCGAUACUCUGCUGGCCUGCUGCCUUUUGCAACUUUCUCCACUUAC